AUAUUGACGAAUGUGCAAUAGGAACCCAUAACUGUUCGGCUGCAGAGACUUGCUAUAACAUCCAGGGCAGCUUCCGCUGCCUGUCCUUCGAGUGCCCAUCCAACUACAGAAAAGUAUCUGACAUGAGGUGUGAACGAAUCAGUUGUUUUAAUUACCUGGACUGCCAGAACACCCCAGUGCGCAUUACCUAUUACCAACUGAACUUCCAAACCAAUAUUGUGGUCCCAGCUCAUAUUUUCCGUAUUGGCCCAUCGCCUGCCUAUGCUGGAGACAACAUCAUCCUUACUAUCAACAAGGGAAAUGAAGAAAACUACUUCAGCACUCGAAGGCUGAACUCAUACACGGGCAUUGUCUAUCUUCAGCGACAAGUGAAAGAGCCUAAAGACUUUUUGUUAGAUGUUGAAAUGAAACUGUGGCGUCAGGGAACUUACACUACUUUCCUUGCCAAAAUUUACAUCUUCAUCACAGCUCAUGCAUACUGAAGCAUGUAUUGAUGUUGGAUUUUAUUGGUGCUAUGCUCUUUAACUCUUCUACCAAAGCUUAAUUCUGUUGAACUGGCAUUUAGUGUAUCUAGCCUUUAUAUUAUUUUUCUGUUGUUGCUUUAAACUUCUUCAUUGGUUGUGUAAAUUAAGUUAAUUUUUAUCUUUUUGUUUUGUUUUCUUCUCUUACGCAAUUCUUUACAUCAUCAUUUGGCAGUGAAUGAAGGAAGGGUUAGAAAGGCAGUACACUCAUUGUGCUAAAUGCUGGAACCUUUUCUUAGAACUUAUUUUUAGGUUUAGUCACAUCUGCAGGAUAUUGCACUAG